AUGGGGAGAUUAUUAAUGCAGCAUGUGGCUACGAAAACGGAACCCGUUAUUGCUAGUUUAAUCGAUUCCGAUAUAAAUGAGCUAAAGCUUGCUGCCAAGAAGCUCUUCAACGAUGCCACCAUAUUAGGAGGCAAAGGAUUUGGCACUUCUUCCCUCAGAUUGUUCGCUACCUUUGCUGCCAUAUAUUUACUGGUACUGGAUCGCACAAACUGGAGGACAAAUAUGCUGACUUCAUUAUUAGUGCCUUACAUAUUCUUCAGUCUUCCCAGGUCUCUGUUCCACUUGUUCAGAGGAGACCUUGGAAAAUGGAUUGCCUUCAUUACAGUCGUGCUAAGGCUUUUCUUACCUAGACAUUUUCCAGAUUGGUUGGAAAUACCUGGAUCAAUGAUCCUUCUUUUGAUGGUGGCCCCUAACGUCUUUGCUCUCAAGUUUAGGAACAACUGGGUUGGUAUAGGGAUUGAUCUUUUCAUUGGUUGUUACCUAUUGCAAGAACAUAUCAGGGCUACUGGUGGAUUCAGAAAUUCUUUCACACAGAAACAUGGAAUAUCAAAUACUCUUGGCAUCAUCAUGCUCAUCGUCUAUCCAAUUUGUGCAUUCAUCUUCCACUAA